CUAAGUAAAGCGAACUGGUCUGCUUAUGCCCAGUCCGUUGACAAUAUGAUGGACUCUCUUCCGGUUCUGGAUCAUGAUAGUGAUUUUUCGACUUACUACAAUCAAUUUAUUAACUCUCUUCUGUCUUCAGCCGACUCUCACAUACCUAAGAAAAAAACUUCUGCAAAAAAUCAACUGCCUUCUCCACCCUGGUGGGAUGAAGAAUGCACUGAUUUAUUUAAUCAAAGAACAACUGCAGAAGAAGAAUAUACAGCUUGUAUGUCUAAUGGAAACUUUAUUAAGUAUCAACAUAUAGCUGCUAAGAUUAAAAGAAUAGUCCCCAAAAAGAAAAAGGUUAGUUGGUCCACAUUCUGUGAAUCACUUAGCCCUAGAUCCCCCUCCUCAGUGGUUUGGAAUAACAUCAGAAGAUUUCGCAGAUCCUUAAAUCACUCUGAUCCCAUCUCCAAUAAUCCAACUGAAUGGCUUAGUGCUUUUGCUGAUAAAAUUGCUCCCCCUUAUGUUCCAACUAUGGAAGAUUCCACAUUUCCUGCAGUAAUUUCAGUUACAGAUAAAAUGGAUGCCCUCUUUUCCUUUGCAGAACUUCAAAUAGCCCUUAGUGGUUUAAAAGAUUCAGCCCCAGGUGAAGACGGUGUACCCUACUCUUUUUUGGUUAAAUUAAAUGAUAAAUCUAAACACUGUUUUCUUAAUAUGAUAAAUUAUUUUUUUGAUAAGGGUUUUAUUCCAGAUGCCUGGAAAACCCAGUUAAUUAUUCCCAUACUCAAAUCUGGCAAAAAUCCAUCAGAUCCUAAUUCAUAUAGACCUAUCGCACUGUCAUCUACUUUAGUAAAAGUUAUGGAGAUCCUCCUCAAAAACAGAUUGGAGUGGCUAAUGGAGAGCAAAGGUAUGCUGGCUCCUUCCCAGUUUGGCUUUAGGAAAGGUCUCAGUACUGCAGACAGUCUCAGCAUACUCACUACAGACAUUCGAACUGCCUUUGGAAGGGGAGAGUACCUAGUGGGUAUAUUUCUAGAUAUUGCUUCUGCAUAUGAUAAUGUAAUUCUUCCGUCACUCAGGCAAAAAUUGCUCCAGCUGAGUGUUCCUCCGAGGAUGACUCAUUUCAUAUGUAACCUGCUCUCUGGCAGGUCAGUGGUGUUGAAACACCAGUCCACCUUUCUUCCCCCCAGAUUAGUCUGGAAGGGUCUCCCCCAAGGCUCUGUCCUCAGUCCCUUACUUUAUAGCCUAUAUACUCAAGAUCUAGAAUUGUCUGUAAACAACUUUUGCAACAUAUUACAGUAUGCUGAUGAUAUUGUCCUUUACCAUAGUUCUAGCUCUGUAGACGAACUACAUCUACGUCUCAACUCUGCACUUUAUUACCUAAGCCAAUGGCUCUCCGAUCAUGGCCUUUCUCUAGCAGUGGACAAAUGCCAAGCAGUAGUGUUUACGAGGAAGAGAUCGAUCCCUACUUUUAACUUUAGUUUGGAGGAACAACCUAUUAACUUGAUAGACAAAGCCAAAUUUCUUGGUAUUAUACUUGAUAGAAAACUAAACGGAAUCGCACAUUCACAAUACAUUUCUAGAAAAUGUGAAAAAGGUAUCAAUGUGCUACGGGCUGUAGCAGGAGUAUGGUGGGGAGCUCACGCUUACUCCUUAAAACUAUUAUACAAUGCGCUAGUUCGUAGUCACAUUGAUUACUGUUCAUUUAUUUUAGACCCCCUAAAUAAAACUACCUCAGAACUGCUGAACAGAAUUCAAUAUAGGUCUCUUAGAAUUGUCUUAGGGGCAAUGAAGUCAUCCCCAACAAAUGCUCUACAGGUUGAAUGUGUUGAUCCUCCGCUGCAUCUCAGGCGACAGUAUCUAUGUGAUAGAUUUAUCAGUAAAACACUUCAGCUUUCUUCCCACCCUCUAUGGUCUAAAUUAACCCAGCUAUCAGUAGUCCUUAGACCUAGUAAUCCCUCUUCAUGUCUCCUUAAUAGUUUUGAAAAAUUUACCAAUCUUCCGCAUCCCUUGUCGUCAUUAUCAAUAAAUCCUUUGUAUUCUACGUCAUAUGAGGCCCUUGUUUACAAUCCUCCUGUGAUUACAGAUCUGGGACUAACCAAAGACGCCCCUGAUACCAACACAAAAUUCCAAGAAAUUGUUCAUCAAAAUUGGUCAAAUUACUUGUUCAUCUACACAGAUGCUUCAAAACUCUCCCCUGAAAGUUGUGUUGGUGCAGCCUGCUGGGUUCCCAAAUAUAAAAUAGUUUUGCAAUUUAAAUGUCCUCCAGAAACCUCGGUGUUCACAGGAGAGGCUGUUGCCUUGUUAGAGGCAAUCCUGUUUGCCCGAUCCCAUAACAUAAAACAAACUGUUAUUUUUACUGACUCCCUUAGCUGCUUGUAUUCCAUUAGGGAAAACCCUUUUAGAAGUAAGUCAAAAUUUCCUAUUAUACUACAGAUUAGGGAAGCUCUGUUCUCAUGUCAUCUAAUGGGUUUGUCUAUAUUUUUAGCAUGGAUACCCAGUCACUCCGGCAUCUCUGGUAAUGAAUCUGCGGACUCUUGUGCUAAGGCAGCUGUACAACUUGGCUCAUUGGAACAUUUUAAAAAUUAUUCACAUGACCUCAGCACCUUAGCAAAAAACUAUUUAGAUAAAUCUUGGCAAUCAUUUUGGAACCAAUCAAAAACCAUUAAAGGUAAAUUCUAUGCCUCAAUUCAACCAGACAUACCCAAGCGACCUUGGUUCUUUCUCCAUAGGUAUGCUGUCAGAUGGGUUACCUCCACAAUAUCCCGUUUAAGACUUGCUCAUGCCUGUACACCUGUCCACUUGAACAAAAUUAGAGUGAGAGAUCACUCUCUGUGCGAAUGUGGUUUGGACGAAGGCUCAGUUUCCCAUAUCCUCUUCUCUUGCCCUAAACUUCUCCACCCCCUAUAUGAUGUUCUCCCUCCUAAAUUUCCACGUCCUAUAAAUGUUGAGUGUUUGUUAAUGUCUGUGUUUAGUCCCUAUUGUAAAUUUAUAUGUAAAUAUAUUCAAUGUAAUAACAUUAAACUGUAAAUAUUAUAUGUGAUAACAAUAUUAAUUUUGUGUUCUUUCAGAAAUGUGACUAACAUCCACACUAACAAAAAAAAAAAAAAAUCCGCUAUUUAUAGUGUCAAAAUUAGGCUGAUUAAUAAUCAAUUCUUGAUUCCCAGCUUACACCGAUCAACCUCUAAAAGUGUGUCUUCCUUACCCACGCGACAUUGGCGAAGUAAAUUGUACCCAGUUGGUACAGCAGCAAGCCAUAAAAUCAAAAAUUGAAUUGAAUUGAAUUUAUAAAAUAAUUUUCAUUAAUACAUUAAAUUAUGUAUACUAAAAAUGGAAGACUUGACUAAAGUAACGUUAAAAAAUGUCUGCUGCACAUGUCUAAGUACUGAUAGAACACUGUCGCGGCUGUGCAGGACUCACGACGGCGCAAUCUUCGACAGUGAUGUGACCCAGUUGAACAUCUGUUGGGAAUGCAGCGGCAAGAUGCAAGGGUUUACCAGGUUUAGAGACCAGGCGUGCAUUGCACAAAGUAAACUGGCUGAUAUAGCUGAUGGCAAGGUUACAUAUUCUAAAAUUAAAAGUCUGUCAACAUUAUCCCGUUGUCAUCAAAAUGAUAGCUUUGAUGAGUAUCCUAUCAACGAAGAACUACCAGAAAACUUUGUGGACUUCGGACCUCAUAUUGAAGAUAUUAAAAUUGAAUAUGACCCUUCAGCAUUUUCAACAGAUUUAAACAAUUAUAUGUAUGAACAAGAAAACUUCUUACAUUUCAAUCCUGACUUAAACAAUGGUGUUGAAAUAAAAAUUGAGACACCAAUCACAGAUAGUCAAAUAAAUUAUGACUAUAGAACAGACAAAGCUAAAAAGAGAAAGACAGAAGCUAAUAAAAUACUUAGGGAUGAUGAAGUUUCAUCUGAAAAUAAGUACAAUAGUAAAAGCGAAUGUAGUGACGAAGAUUUAAAUAGUGAUGGUGGAGUUACUAGAAAUAAUAAAAUGAAAGUUAAAAACAAACAUCUCAGAAAGAGAAAAGCUAAUAAAAUAAUGAAGAGUAUUGAAGUUCUAUCUGGAAAUAUCUAUAGAAGUGGUGGUGAAAAUAGUGAUAAUAAUGCAGAAGAAGAUUUAUUAAACAGUGAUGUAAAAGUUACUAGUAAUAAUAGAAUGAAAAGUAAAAACAAAAGUAAUAUUAGAAAUGCAAAAGCUAAUAAAGUAAUAAAGAGUAAUGAAGUUUUAUCUGGAAAUAUCUACAGAAAUAGUAAAAUUAGUGAUAAUAAUGCUGAAGAAGAUUUAUUAAACAGUGAUGUAAAAGUUACUAGUAAUAAUAGAAUGAAAAGUAAAAACAAAAGUAAUAUUAGAAAUGCAAAAGCUAAAAAAGUAAUAAAGAGCAAUGAAGUUCUAUCUGGAAAUAUUUACAGAAAUAGUGAAAUUAGUGAUAAUAAUGCAGAUGAAGAUUUAUUAAAUAGUGAUGAAAAAGGUACUAGUAAUAAUAAAAUGAAAGGUAAAAACAAAACCAUUACUGGAAAUACAAAAGCUAAUAAAAUAAUGAAGAACAAUGAAGUUUCAUCUGGAAAUAUCUACAAAAGUAGUGAAAUUAGUGAUAGUAAUGUGGAUGAAGAUUUAUUAAAUAGUGAAGGAAGAGUUGCUAGGAAUAAUAAUAAUAAAAUUAAUCUUAGAAAGAGAGAAGCUAAUAAAAUAGCUAAAGAUAAUGAUGAUGGUGAAUCAUCUCAAAAUAUGCAUAGCAGUGAAGGCGAAUUUAGUAAUGGAGUAACUGAAAGUAAUAAAAUUAAAGAUAAAAGCAAUGUGUCUCUAACGAAUGGUGAUAAAAAUGAUAUAUCAGAUGAUUACUUAGACAGUGUUGAUAGUGCAGAGGUAAAAAUCACAGAUAAAAGGAAAAAUGAAAAUUCAAUACCAAUAGCAAAUGCUGACACCAAUGAAAUAGGAAUAACAAUUGCAAAUGAUCAUACUUAUUCAAAAAAUCACAAAUCUUUGUGAUACUAUUACAAAAUGUUAUAUUUUUUUACAAAAAAGCUGUUUUUAUCAUAAUAAAUUGUAUAUAAUUAGGUUAUAAGUUUUUAAAGAAAAAAAUAUUUUCUUCUAGAGUGUUUUAAUAAAACCUUUUUUUAAAAAGA